GAAUCAUAACAUAACAAAAACAAGCAUGGCAAUGGAAGGAGGACGAAAAUUUUACGAGGAUUUUCCUGUGAUACAAAAUGAACAUCGCAUACCUACCGAAAAUCGCAAAUCUUUAUUUUACUUUAUCAAUGAAAAUGUAAUUGGAAAGGAUCAGAUGUUUCAUGGACCAUUUGGCGUAAGAAAAGUUGUCUACUGUGACUAUACUGCAUCUGGAAGGUCACUGCAAUACAUUGAAGAUUACAUUCAAGAAAAUGUUUUACCCCAUUAUGGAAAUACUCACACAACUACAUCAGUCACUUCUCUUCAGACAACUAUGUUUCGUCAUGAAGCAAGAGAUAUUGUCAGAAAAUGUGUAAAUGCAGGUGAAGAUGAUGCUGUAAUUUUUACUGCCAAUGGAUGCACUGGAGCUGUUCAUAAACUAAUUCAUGCUUUGAAUUUCCAAUCUCCUCCUAUUGUAUUUGUUAGUCCAUUUGAGCAUCAUUCUGUACUGCUACCCUGGAAAGAAAUUGGUGGAGAUAUAGUAUGGACAAGUGUUAAUAAUGAUGGAUUUGUUGAUAUCAACAACCUGGAAAAAAACCUGCAAAAAUACAAGAAACAUGGCCGGCCUUUAAUAGGUUGUUUUUCAGCAGCUUCUAAUAUCACUGGCAUUUUAUUAAAUGUAAAUGGAGUUUCAGAAUGUUUACAUAAAUAUGGAGCUUUGGCAUUAUUUGAUUAUGCUUCAGCAGGUCCUUAUGUGAAAAUUGAUAUGAACCCAACAACAGCCAGCCAGUCUGGUUUGGCUUUCAAGGAUGCUGUAUUUUUGUCGCCUCAUAAAUUUGUUGGAGGUCCAGGUACUCCAGGCGUUCUUAUUGCAAAGAAGAAUAUGUUCUUUAACCCAAUUCCCUCAGAAGGGGGUGGGGGUACAGUAUUUUAUGUUACAGCUCACACUCAUCGUUAUCUAAAAGAAAUUGAAAUGAGGGAAGAAGGUGGAACACCAGCAAUUGUUGACAGUGUACGUGCGGGUCUUGUCUUUCAACUGAAAGAGAAUGUCAAACAAGAAAAUAUUGACAAAAGAGAAAAGGAACUAAUCAGUAUGGCAUAUAAGACUUGGGAAAACUGCCUAAAUCUAAUCCUACUUGGACCAAAAACUCAUCAAAAGCUUCCAAUUUUUUCAUUUGUAAUCAAACACGCUCAAUCUGGUCGGUUGCUGCAUCAUAAUUAUGUUUCUGUGUUACUGAACGACCUGUUUGGAAUUCAGUCACGUGGAGGUUGUGCUUGUGCUGGCCCAUAUGCUCAGACAUUACUGGGUAUGAGUGAAGAUGUCGCAAUAGAGAUUGAAACAUUGUUAUUGGAAGAUCAACGUUUGGACAGACAUCAUUUGAGACGAUACAGAGAGUAUUCUGAUAAAGAGAUCUUAAGACCUGGCUUCACUCGCAUUAACCUGCCUUACUUUUAUGAUGACGAAAUGAUUUCAUUCAUUUUAAAAGCUGUACUGAUAGUGGCUGACUAUGGAUGGAAACUACUACCGUUUUACAUCUUAAAUCCAGAAACUGGAGAAUGGAGGCACAAACAUCACCACAUCUUUAAAGAUAAGAUAUGGCUUGGUUCAAUCAAAUUUAAAGAUGGUGGCGUAUCGUAUCCACAGCAAAUCAUUGAGAAAACUGAGACAACCUUUGAAGAAUUAAUUAUUGACAUGAAACGUUUAUUGACCAACAUCAAAAAAAUAGUUGACAGUGGAGGAGAUCAAACCUUAUUGUUUGGUGACGGAGGGGAAAGAUUGAGAUGGUUUUUACUUCCAUGCGAGGCUGAAGAUUACCUGCACGGUGAUAUACCAACAAGUUGUGCUGAUUUCAACAUGCCGUUUUUUCCAGGAAGGGCGACUAAUAAUUUUGACAAAACUGAGGUGGCGAAUGAGCUGAAAGUCCAUUACUGCAGCUGUUCACCAGUAUUUAUGAACAUCAUAGAAAGAAACGGUUUUCAGCCUAAAGAAAAUGUAGAUAUGAAGAAGAGUGACAUCAGAGAAGACACUUUUAGCACAAACAAAAAAUGUUUUGAGGCUGAGGUAAUCAUGAAAGAUGAUGCGGAUGAAAAAAAGGUUCCACAAUCCGGAGAACUAAACCAGUGUAAUCUAAUUGUUGGCGGAGAGACAAGAGCCAAUACGAAGGAAGAGAAGAAGCUAAAUGAAGAUAAGGAACAUGAAAUGGUUCAACUGUUAGAAGAUGUUAAAAAGAAAGAAACCGUUUUAACAUUUCAUAACCCACCAAAAAUUGUAUUCGCUCCAUCCAUUGAGGCCAUUGAAGAAUUUAAAAUGAUUGAAGAUAAUGAUCGCAUCUUGUUGUGUCUAUCAGGUGGUAAAGAUUCUCUAUCAAUGCUGCAUAUCAUGCAGCAGUAUAAACAUUACGCAAAAAGCAAGGGGAUCUCGUUCGACUUUGGUGCGAUGACUGUGGAUCCGCAAAGCGCGCAAUAUGAUCCAAGUCCACUGAAGGGCUACUUAAAAACAUUGGGCGUGCCGUAUCACUAUGAAGAACAAGAUAUCGUUGGAGCAGCCGAACAGUUACCAGUUUGUGCAUCAAUCUGCAGCUAUUGUUCCAGAAUGAAACGUGGUCGUAUUUACGCAUGCGCGCGACGUGAAGGCUACAACGUAAUUGCAUUAGGUCAGCAUCUUGACGAUGCUGCAGAAAGCUUUCUAAUGUCAACAUUUCACAACGGCUACAUACGUACUAUGAAAGCUAAUUAUCUUGUAAGCGAAGGAGAUUUACGUGUAAUUCGACCAAUGAUAUACGUCCGUGAAAGAGAAUUGAGAAAGUUUGCUGAAAAGGUACGACUACCCAUAAUACCUGAAAAUUGCCCGGCGUGCUUUGAAGCUCCAAAGGAAAGACAUCGAAUGAAGCAAGUAUUAGCUCAACAGGAGGUCUUAUUCCCAGAUCUCUUUAAAAGCUUAAAGGCUGCACUGCACCCGUGUCUAGCAAAAGACAAAACUGGAUUAGAGAAAAGAGCUAUUAAUGAAAACGAGGAAUUCGAUUUUUAAAAAAGAAAGUUUUGCUAUAAUAAUAUAAUAAUAAUAAGUUCUAAAAUUUGCAUCGAAUUAUUUAUCUAAGGAAUUUUAUAUUUACAUCAUGUUACGACGAUGUAUUUAAUUGAUGACAACGUUAUAGCCUCUUUUUCUAGCGACUUUGUUUUUGCCACAGUUAAACCACUAACGUAAAAUGUUGUAAUGAUAAGAAAACUCACAAAAUUCACUUGGUGUAUUUUAUUUUGCCGAUUUUUAUCGGCGUUUUUCUCAUAUGUAAAAUUCCUGUGUUAGAAGUAUGAGUUUAACCGUAAAUAUUUUUAAAAAACGAUGGUUUGCGUUGACUUAUGACCGUCUCAGUUAGGAAUAAGCAAGUAAUAUAUAUCUGGAAUACUUGUGUUAUUAGUCAAUAUUUUAUGUACAAAAAUGAAAAGAAAUUAUAACCGAUUAACGUGUGUGGAAUUUUAUAGUUGCAUUUAUAUACAUAUUUUUCUCUGUGAAUGUUUUUAUUUUUAUUACAUACUCAGGCUUCUGGCGAACGCUUAUGCAGUUAUUGGCGAGAUCACCUUCUUAGUUUUCUUUAUUUCUUCGAAAUAAAUAAGAUAAUUAAAAAUGGAAAAAUAAUGAAAUUAAAAAAUGAAAAAUAAUACGAGUAUAUAAUUU